UUGUUGGUGGGUUAUCUUGGGACGUAACUGAACGUCAGCUCGAAGACGCCUUUAGCCCUUUCGGUAAAAUUGUUGAUUGUCAGCUUCUUAUAGAUUUGAUGCCUUAAAUGGACUAGUAAUGAGGAAGUUGUUAGUUCAUUGGGAUGUGCAAAGUUUGCUGGGUGCCACAUUUGAGAUACUAGAAUCUGUUCAGCAGCUUGUUUUUGAAUUCACUCGCUAGACUAUUCACAAAAGGCAGUUGACUUUCAAUUCCAUGUAACAAUGAACAGUGGUUUGCUUUAAAGAAACAUUUGAAAGUAGUUGAACUGAGAUCAGAUUCAAUUUCGGAAAAAACUUGUUUGGAAGUGUGCUCUUUGAUGCAGAUUGCAGCGAUUCACAAAUUGUGCUCUGGUGUGAUUAACUGCUUGAAUUAUUAAUAUCCUUUUUCUUUCUAGACUUCAUUGCAUCAUCUGGAUGUUGGCCUUGGAUUGAAGACAUUCUUCAUUCUGAUUUAGAUGCAUAGCAGUCAACUUACAUUAAUGUCCAGUAAACCGGUUUACCUUCUGAGAUGCAUCAAAUGUGGUUAUAGAGAGGGUAUUCAUAACAUUUGAUGUAAGAUGCUUUGAUUAUGCGUAUAAGUGGUAUGUCGGCAUACAUUUUUCUGCUCUAAGAAGGAGGGUAUUGGUUCUUUCUCUAUUAAGAAAGUCCAGUGUGAAUUCCCCUACUGAAAAGGUUCCAUCAAGAGAUGAAUUUCAAAUACAUAAACUAAGCUCAGUCGUCAGUUCAAACAUUUCUUCAAGUUGAGUUGGCAGACAGCUUCUGAGAAUGGCACCUCUUGGUCUUGGCAUCCUUCGAAAUGAAUCUAAUUUGGAAAAUGUCAUCUGCUCUUCUUACUAGAAGUUGGGUGUCAUAUUCCCUAGUUCAAGGGGCCAGAUGUUAGACAUGAUUAUCUAAGUACUUUGGCAGGAACAUGGAAGUAUCAUUUUCUCUUUUUAAGUUAAUUUUUCAAAUGUGCUAUUUGUUUUCUAAUUUGUGAUCUCUGAGGUCCUUGGAUUUUGUCCCAUCAAUAGAUUCUAUGUACUGUAAGCUGCAUAAGAUCUGGUCACGAAGUUCACAGGAGAAACAUAAAUGACUUUCAUGCUUCUGCUUAGAUGCUAUUAAAAUAUUGAGACCUCUAGCUUUCUAUGAGGAUGUCCAUUUUUGGGGUGUUCAUAGACUACACGUUCUUUUUGAGUUUGUUUUGAAGAAGAAUCAGGGAACAAAAAUUUUGAAGCUAUGGUGGCACUUAUCAAACACCCUGAUUCUCUAAACAUGUGCCACAAUCAAGAGGGAACUCGAUUCUUGACCUUCUGGAAAGCCAUAAGAUCUAGAUAGCUUGUUCUGUUUAUUUGAAGGUUGGUUUGUUGCUUCAGUGUCUGAGGUCUUCGUACUUUGGACCAUCAGAAGAGGACAUACUUCUGAAGACAGAAGAGUAGUAGUUCUUCAAACAACCUAGUGAAAACAAUGAAGGAUCUUACUUAUCAGAUUUUUGUGGUUGAUGAUAUAUUGUGUUAGAUUAGUUCUUUGGCAUCUUAGUUGUCCACUCCCUUUGCAUUGUAUUUAAUAUGCUGAAGCUGGAUUAAGAUUUUGAAGGUUGGCUUCAUCUUCUUUGGUGGCUUUCUAGUCAACAGUUGAAGAGGGGGAAGUUGAAAUGUCCCUAGUUGGUGGAUGUUCAUAAUAUAGAUUAGUUGAAUUGAUGCUGGAAAAGGUAGCUGAAUGAAGAUCAGUGUGUUGCAUAAUAACCGAAAUUAAAUGUUUGUGUGAAAUCUAACGCGAAGAGCUCCUCAAAAAAAGGUAUCUUGCAGCUGUGAGAUUUUCUCAGUAUGAUCAAUCACCUAUGGCUUAGAUAUACUUCUUCCAUACAUUUACUCGGCACUCAUGGUUGAAGUAAGUGAAGAAAAGUAUAUGGCUUUAAAUCAGAUCAAUUGGCAUUGUCAAGAAUUUACCUGAGAUGUUAGAAUGCCUUCAUAUUUGUUGUUUUAUGUUUGCUGUUAAUGGUACCGACUUCAUUGGGUGCAUUUGAUUCGAGUCAACCUAAUGGGGAUUGGGGUCAGAUGAUUGAAAUCUGCAGGACUGCAGAUUCUGCUGCCCAAGUUAUGCUGGACAGAGACACGGGCCGCCCUCGUGGAUUUGGGUUUUUAACAUUUGCAGACCGCCGAGCAAUGGAGGAUGCAAUAAGAGAAAUGGAUGGUGCGGAGGUUGGUGAUAGGGUGAUAUCAGUGAACAAGGCCCAACCAAAGAUGGGAAGUGAGGAUCCUGACCAUGGCUAUGGUGGAGGUUACGUAUCAGGUGGCAGGGCGAGCUAUGUUGGGGGUAAUAGGUCAGUUGGGCAAGACACUUGCUUCAGCUGUGGUCGCCCUGGCCAUUGGGCUAGAGACUGUCCAUUGGAAGGAGGUGGCCGGGGUGCUCGACCACUAACACCCCCUCCUCGUUCUAGGUAUGGUGGCGCACGUGGGGAUAGGUUUGGAAGUGACCAUGAUAGGUACAUGGAUGACCGAUAUGAUAGAGGGAACCAUGCUGAUAGGGAGCGCUAUGACAGCAGAUAUGAGAGUCGUGAUCGAUACACUAGUGACAGGUACCCUCCUGGUGGUGAUCGCUUGGGCAACAGGUAUGGGGGUUCUGACCGCUACCCUCAGAAUGGCUAUGGCAAAGAAAGAGGGUUUGACAGAGAUGUGGGUGACAGAUAUGAAGCUGGAGGGCCAGCACGAUAUGAGGGAAGAAACUACAGAGAUAGAGCAGGACCUUAUGAUCGCCCUCGAAGGGGAGGCGGGCCGCCUUCCUUUGACCGUUACUGAGAUGAAUAAGCGCAUCCAUGUUGAAUUUUAGUUGAUCUCUGUAGUAGUAUAGUGGUACGGAUCACACUAGGAUAAAUGUAUGUCGCUCUGUUUGGAAGCAGUUAGUAGUGACUAGUGAUGAGUAUUGACAAGUAGAGUACAUCAUUAGAGCUAUGUUUUUUUUUCCAGUGAAUAUUGUAUGCUUGAUAAAAGAGGGAGCUUCCUCUAUUGGAAUGCAUUAUGGUAUUUCCACUUA